AUGGGUCAUAUAUAUACAUAUAUAUAUAUAUAUAUACAUAUACAUACAUAUAUACAUAUAUAUAUAUAUAUGUGUGAAUGUCAACAUUUGGAUGUCUAUAUCCAUCGCGCUGAGAGUACUUUAGACCGAGGCGCUUUCUCGUACCAGCGUGUGUCGGAGAGAACCUCGAAUUUCUCGGGUGUCUCGACUUGUGUGGAGAUGCACCUUUCGCCUGGGAGCAGCGGGCAUCUGCAGGAGGCGUCCAUGUGGGACGUAUGGUACGCAUCAUCAGUGAAACAAUCAGUCAGAUGUGCCGAGGAGAAAGAGAGGUCCAUCCACGAAAAACAGUCGCGUGACUUUUCUUCUGUCAAGUGCUCCAGGUACAGCGUAGCAUCUCUGUUUCUCAUGCACAGCGCAACAGGCGAGAAAACCGUGCUCGCAGACGCACUGCCCGUUCGAUCAGGGCUUCGCGAAUUUUCCUGUAUCUGCGCUGCAGUCACGUUUUCACGAGUCCAGCUCCCCCCGCCUCGCGCGCAAGUGUGUAGAGUAGUCGCGGGAGGGGGGAGGAGCGCGAAAGGGCAUCGCUGUCGCAGGGGGGGGGGCUCAUCGUGAAUGUUUACAGAAACGGAGAAGACAAACACAUAAAGUUUACAAGGGAAACGUAUCUCCCGCAGCGGGGAACGAGGACGGAACGUCUCGAGAAGAGCCGCUUCGCGGGUCUUCUUCGUUGCACUCUCGGGAAAAUUUUGUGUUGGGUCUUCCAGGUUGCGGAAACUGUGUUCCUACUCGAUCCUCGGCACUCUUUUCAUGGGGAAAGCACGGACAGCGUCCGCGAAGGCCUGCAGCGCGGUCUCCGCAACGAGUGCCUCUAAAAUGAGGCACCUGUGUGGUGCUUUCUGUUACUCUUUUGUGGGAUGCGUCUGUGUGUGCACUACGCCGCGCCCGGAGGAAGUCGUUUCUGGCCCCCCAGUCCGGGCGACUCCUGUCCUGGCGUUCGUAUUAUUCUUCAGUUGUCUUUGUCCGUUGUCGUGGAAGAGACUAUGCAACGCAGAACAAAGGCGCGUUCUCCGUUCGUCGGAGAGAUUCUGCCGGGAAGUUACAACGCCUGCCGGCUCACGAGAUUCGUACAUCAAGUGGAGACAAAUUCGGGAGGUACAACCAAGAAGCUGUCACGGAAAUACCACCGCGUAAAAAGUGUGUGUUUGUCGAAUAUUUCUCCAAUAUUUACAAGAACCAGAGCCCUACUUGAUCUUUUUAAAUACUAACCC